GUUUCUACAAAGAGUUUUUUGUCUCUUUGUAAAAUAGUUGCAAUUUGUUGUUCCAUUAAUUUAAUUAAUCCAUUUUUUUACUAAUCACUUUUUAAUCUUUUCUAAUUGUUCCAUUUUGUCAUGAUGUCAUUUCGGUGAUAACAUUCAGUUCAUUUGUUAAUCUGGUUGAAGGUUUGUUUCUGUCAUUAAUUAACGACGAUUCUUUGACUGUGAUAAAUUUGACAUUUCAUCUCUAACGUUUAUAGUGAGGAUUUCACAUUCUUUUUUUUUGUCUCAAUUGGAAAGAUUUUACCAAUUGUUUAACUAUUUACAAGCUGUGAUAGAGACAAAGUUAUCAACAACAUGGCGACGAUCAGUGGUAAUCUCAUUUGCAAGAUUUUCUAUGAUCUCAUUUUGUGUUUUGCCACAUUUUUACCAUUCUUCAUUUUGGCUCUUGUUGGAAGUCCAUAUCGCCGAGGCUUUUUUUGUGGAGAUGAAUCGAUUCGUUACCCUGUUAGAUCAUCGACUGUCAGUUCAAGUGAACUCUACAUGGUAUCAACCGUUCUGAUCUUAUUGAUUAUUAUCGGCACAGAGUAUUACCGAUUACCCCGAAUGGUCCGAGGGCAACAAGCAUUGAAACAAUACAGUUGGACACUUUAUCACAUCCUAAUUUUAUUUGCUUUUGGUGCUACUGCGUCGGUAUCGAUUACAUCGGUCGCAAAAUAUACGGUUGGGCGACUCAGGCCACACUUUCUAGCUUUAUGUAGACCUAAUAUAACAUGUGAAGGAAGAUCUCCAGUUGAAUAUAUUGAAAAUUAUGUGUGCACUUAUGAGAAUUCUGAUGCACGAAUGUCCUUUUUCUCAGGUCACUCGUCUUGGGCCGCUUAUACUGCAGUCUUCAUAUCGAUGUAUCUCCAAUCAAGACUUCGUUGCCCAAAAUUAGUACUUUUGAAAUCGCUCUUACAAUCGUUAGCCUUUUAUUUGGCUUUAUACACUGCAUUAACUAGAAUCUCUGAUUACAAACAUCAUCCAAGCGAUGUUGGAGUUGGUCUCAUUGUUGGAGGACUAACAGCUUAUUGUACAGUUAAAUGGGCUGCUGAUGAUCUGAAGUUGACCACAUGGGGAUGUUUAACUCAAAGACAAAACCCUGAAGACAAUGCUCUAAUUCAAGAGAAUAAUCGCUCAUCUUAUUCAGCAAUCGAAUCGGAGGAACAAUGAAUCAAUAAUCUUCAUUUAUUCUUGUAUCUACGGAAACUUAUUUAGAUAUUUGGUUCUAUUAACAAUUAAAUCUCAACUCUUUACAAAUUUUCUAA